UGGAAAAGCCAGCUGGAAAGGAGCUAUAGGUUGAAGCCCCCCCCCCCUCCCCACAAACUCUUUGCAGGAGGUGUGGAGAUGGGGCUGGGAGUCGCUCUGCCCUGCUUGUGGACUUUAAUCUCCCUGGAAUUGCUGGCUCUGGUGGAGGGGACUGUGCCUCUGGAGGACUUCUACCCCUUUGGAGUCGAGCAUGGAGACUCCAGCACAGGAAAGCAGGAUGACGGGGGCUCUGGUCUGCUGGAGAUCUCUGUCAGCUUCCCCUUCUUUGGGGACAGGCACUCAGGGCUCUAUGUGAACAACAAUGGUCUGGUGUCGUUCCUUCGCGAGGUGUCCCAGUUCACGCCAGUGGCGUUCCCCAUUGCAGGAGACCGGCGAGUCCUAGCACCUUUCUGGUCUGACGUGGAUAACAGGCGUGCCGGGGAGGUGUACUACCGCGAGAGUAAGGACCCCGCCAUCCUGCAGAGGGCGACAGAGGACAUCCAGCGCUACUUCCCAGAGUUCCCUGAGUUCACCGCUACCUGGGUUCUGAUUGCCACCUGGCACAAAGUCACCUUCUUUGGGGGCAGCUCCUUCUCACCGGUGAACACGUUCCAGGGGGUGCUCAUCACGGAUGGGGAACUCUCCUUCACUAUUUUCCACUACGAGCAGAUCACCUGGACCACAGGGAUGCAUGCCAGUAGCGGGGGUGACUUCGCUGGGCUGGGAGGGAUCGCUGCACAGGCAGGCUUCAACGCAGGAGAUGGGAAGAGAUAUUUCAACAUCCCGGGCUCUCGUACCGAGGACAUCGUGGACGUGGAGGAGACCACUAACGUGGGCAUCCCAGGGCGCUGGGUCUUCCGCAUUGAUGAUGCCCUGGUGCUGAUGGGCGGCUGCAACGACUCGGGCUCUGUUUGCCUUAACCUGCGCCCCUGUCUGAACAGAGGCCGCUGCAUUGAUGACUGUAUCACUGGAAACCCCUCGUACACCUGCUCCUGUCCCUCUGGCUACACUGGCAAAAGGUGUCAGAUCGAUGUUAAUGAAUGCUCCGCAUACCCCUGUCAGAAUGGUGGAUCAUGUAUCGAUGGACCAAACAACUUCACCUGCCUGUGCUUGCCUGGGUUUAGUGGACCCCUUUGUGAGAUAGAUGUUAAUGAAUGCUCUUCGCACCCCUGUCAGAAUGAUGGAACGUGCAUCGACGGACAAAAUAGCUUUACCUGCCUGUGCCCGCCCGGGUAUAAGGGACCUGUUUGUGAGAUAGAUGUUAAUGAAUGCUCUUCGCAACCCUGUCAGAAUGGUGGAACAUGCAUCGAUGGACAAAACAGCUUCACCUGCCUGUGCCCGUCAGGAUAUAAGGGACCUGUUUGUGAAAUAGAGAUGGAUGAAUGCGAAGGGAGUCUGUGUAGAAACGGAGGGGUGUGUGUGGACGGAGUUGGUCAUUUCACCUGCGUGUGUGAACCUGGCUACACUGGAGAGACCUGUGAAACAGAGAUAAAGGAGUGUGACUCGCAGCCGUGUUUAAAUGGAGGCCAGUGCAUUGACAGGGUGAACAACUACACCUGCGUGUGUCCCGACUCCUUCACUGGGCAGCACUGUGAGACAGAGGUGAUCCCAUGCAAAGGCGAUGCUUGCCUGAAUCGACACACUUGUAACUACAUCCGACCAGGGCGUUACGUCUGUACAUGUUCACCUGGAUACUAUGGCAACAACUGUCAAUACGAGGAGUUCGAAGCAUGCCCCUUGAAGCCCUGUCUAAAUGGAGGGUCCUGUUCCAGAGCCAACGGAACUGCAGUCUGUAUCUGUCCACCAGGAGUCAGUGGAGAUUACUGCGAAGAGGAAAUCACUCAGACCCCCUGCAGCUUCAACAAGCCAUGCCCGGACGGAGGACCCUGCAUGGAGUAUGGGGGGACCUACCUGUGCACCUGCCAGACUGAGGUGGUGGAGAGAGACAUACAGCCCUCUGUGUGUGACUCCGGGCCCUGUCUAAACGGUGGCUUCUGUUCAGAGAGGGAUGGUGGCUAUAUCUGUGACUGUAAGCUGGGCUACAGGGGCAAGCACUGUGAGAAAGUCAGGCUGAGUAUCUGUGCUUCCAGUCCGUGUCGAAACGGAGGGUCGUGCCGCGAGGAGGCUGGAGGAUACCACUGCUCCUGCCCCUACAGGUUCACCGGGAGGCACUGCGAAAUCGGGAAGCCUGACCCCUGCUCGUCCAGCCCCUGUGGGAAUGGAGGGACAUGUUUCCACUACAUCGGGAAGUACAAGUGCGAGUGUGCUGGCGGAUUCACCGGGAGACACUGUGAGAACGUUCUGGACCCCUGUCUCUCAGCUCCCUGUAAGAAUGGAGGGAACUGCACUGAGCACAUCAAAGGGACUUACCAGUGCCUGUGCCAGCCUGGUUACCAUGGAGAACACUGCGAGAGGGAGAUGGACUGUGGAGCCCCUGUGCAGGUGAAGCACGCCCAGGUCCAGUACACCUCCUCCCUGCCCGGCUCCAGCGCCCUGUAUACCUGUCACCCCGGAUUCACCCCUGUCCCAGGAGCCACAGUCAGCAUCUGCGGAGGCCAGGGAGCCUGGAGCCAGCCCCCCGUGUGUGAAGAAAUCAACGAGUGUCUCUCCCAGCCCUGCUUGAACGGCGGGACGUGUAAAGAUCGAGUCAACACUUACCUGUGUGCUUGUGAGGAAGGAUUUGCCGGACCCAACUGUCAGACAGAGCUAGAUGAGUGCCUCUCUGAGCCCUGUAAGCACGGAGGAAGCUGCAUGGACCAGCCUGGGUCCUACUUCUGCCAGUGUCCACAGGGGUUUACAGGCCAGGACUGUGAAACAGAACUGGAUGGCUGUGGGUCAAGCCCCUGUUUAAAUGGUGGAGUUUGCAAAGGGCAUAGAGGGAUCUACCUGUGUGUCUGCAAGGAGGGCUUCAUGGGAGAGACCUGCCAAACAGCGGAAGACCCCUGCUCACUGCAGCCUUGUGGAAGCCGAGGGUACUGCCGCAGUGACAAAAGUGGGCAGUACAUCUGCACCUGUAAAGUAGGAUACACUGGGAGGGACUGUGAAAAAGAGCUGAUGCCCCCUGCAGCCCUGCAGGUGGUGAGGGUGGAAGAGGGCGAGGUGGAGGUGAGCUGGCGCUCACCGGACGCCCCCCAGGAGCUGAUUGACGGCUUUGCUGUCACCUACACACCCAUUGGGGGUGGCGAUCGCAAGACCGACUACCUGGACAAGCAGCGUUCGACCCACCUGCUGCGCUCGCUGGCGCCCGGGCGUCUCUACAACAUCACAGCCUUCUCCGUGAAGCGCAACGCCAACAACAACGACAUCAGCCAGCCCGUGCUCACCAUCGUACGCACCAGGCCCCGCAAAGUAGAGGACUUCCACGUAGCCAACGUGUCCACAUCCCGCGUGUGGCUGAAAUGGGCCCUCCACAAUAUCAGACACUCCACAGUCAACAGGGUCCGUGUCUCGCUGCGCUCCUCCCAGAGUGCGGAGAACAUCACAGUGCUGCUCAACACCAACACCACAGAGCACAGCUUCGGAUCCCUGCUUCCUGGGGAGAUGUACACUGUGGACAUUGUGACUCAGAGCGGGUUGAAGCCAGAGGAACUGCCGACUGUGAGCCAAUCAGUAGGGCCGAUUCGCCUGUGGACCCGGCCCCUCGCCCCUGUGAACAUGUCAUUGUCCUUCAUUACCGCGACAACGGCACAGAUAACUUGGGAGCGGCCUCUGAUUGGCUCCCUGGAUGGCUACGUGAUCAAUGUCACGUCCAGCCGCACCACGAAGAGCCGCUAUCUGCCGAACGGGAAGAUGAGUGCCUACACUGUGCGAGAGCUGUCCCCGGGCCUGCAGUACCGCCUGUCCCUCACUGCCGUGCGCAGUACUGACCGCGAGCAGCUGCACAGCGACCCGCUCCGUCUCAACAUCACCACCAUGCUGUCUGAUGAAAGGUCUGGCAGGAGAGAGAGUGCUGGGUCUGCGGGUCGAGCCACCCAGGUGGUGAGCGGCCGAGCCCCCAGCAGCCGUCAUCUUCCCACAGUCCAGCUCGACAGGGAGAACUUUGAUGAGCUCCCCAGAUACACUGAGCUGAUUGACGGCCGGGGAAGAAUCACUGCCAAGUUUAGCAACCUACAGAACAAGGCCAUCACACACCGUGCACGACCCGAGUCUCCAAUCAAGUUAGAGAACAUAGAGGAGACAACCAAUAAAAUCAGCCUGGCCCUCGAGAUCCCAGAGGCGGAGAACAGGAAGACAGAGGAGCAGGCGGGCUGCAAGUCAAACCUGUGUCGAAACGGAGGGACAUGUGUUAAAGGACCGGACUCCUACCUGUGUGAAUGCACUGUGGGCUUUAAAGGAAAGCGCUGUGAGCUCUUCUGUCAGAGAGUUCCCCACCCUUGUACACGACUCUACUCCGAAACAAAGACCAUCCCGGUCUGGGAAGGGGGGGUUUGCCAUUACUUGUAUAAACGGACCUAUAAGGUUCAUCAGGACAUUUGUUACAGGGAAAUCUGUGAGCCGCUUUUACAGAAGAAACCUCCAAGAGACAGACGGUUGUAUAGGCACCAGUGAGUUGUUGUAAGGAGCAAGAUGGGGUCUGGGAUUCCUUGGCAACCGGUUCCGUUUCCCUAGCAACCUUUCCCCUCCCAAUUACGUUCACUGUAAUCUCUCCAAGCUAUUCAACUGGAAUCAGAAGUUCCAACACAAAAUCAUUUCCAUAGGAGAGGCUCAGCUAUCAUCUGUACACCCCUUACACAUCUACCAGCUUCAAGAGGCAAACUAUAACGACAGCCUCCAAUAACCCACAAACUCGCAACCUGCUGUUCUUUCACACUGCAGGUUAUUUCUCCAGAACCUCUGGAGGUCUAAUUUCACCUCCUUUCAUGUCAUUGCCUUGCUUUCCUUACCAGCUUUUUUUUUACCUGAGAUUUUCAGCUUUCUCAAACAAAAUUAGUAGAUUGGGACAUUCAGUCGCUUGAAGUGGAGGCUCAGAAGAAUACUUCAUAAAUAACCAUCUGUCAUUGCUACUGAUUUAUCAUGGCCAACAGUGUCUCAAAUCCAGAAUUACUGCGAGAAGGCAUGUUGUUGUUGUCUGAUAUUGAAUGGGAGUUUUUAAGCUUUAGUUCUGGGUAAGGUGACAUUGCUCAACACACCCCUUUACCAAUUCACCAGUAAAUUAUAGACAUAUCCAAGUAGUCUACUGGUACCCUCUACCCUUUACCACCAUUGCAGUUUAUUAAACACAAUCCGUUCAUUUUUUUUCAUUAUUGCAGGGGUGGCCUUUACAAUAUAGAAGUCACAAUAUGUGUUUUUUGACCAGAACCAUAUAGUUGCUUACUCUUUAAAGAGUGGCUCCAGCAGUGCAAUUCCAUUGGUUGGAGCCAUGGACUGGAUGCCAGGCUAUCUUGGAUUCAGACCCCUGCUUAGCCAUUGUGUCACCCUGGGCCCAAGUCACUUAACCUCUGUGCUUCAAUCCCAGUAACUCCCCCCAAAACAGUCAGUAGGGCCCAUUUUGAUUAGAUGAAAGGUAUAUUUGUGUUUGUAUAUCUCAGUUGAACUUAACCAGAUCCCUGAGCUAAUCUUUCUCUGCUAGCGACUUUGUAAAUACUGUGUAUAGGGUGCUUUUUUUUUUUUUUUUUUUGUAGGUGAAUAUUUUAAUUAAAAAUAGUCAUUUUUAUUUCUUUUUUCUGUAUUCAUAUUUUAAUCAGGAAAUAUCUAAAGUGCAAGUUGGAGGACUGAAGGAUUUUUUUUUUUUUUUUGGUAUAUCACAUUAUUUUAUUUCCAAAUUGGAAAUCAGUUUUCCUGUAGAUAUGUCUAGACAAAUGGAGUGAUGGGUACAGGUCUCCACAAGUCGCCUACUGGGUGUCACCUUUCUGUAUCUAUGGAAACCAGCUUCCUUAGUUUUCCUGUCAUGACAACAUAAGAUUGAUGAAAAGAGAGCUUCAGAGAAGUGCCACGUGGCUCUUUUCUGACUUUUUCAGCAAAAAUCUAAACAGUGGUAGAACUCUGUAAAAAUAAAACUAACUAAGGCCCUGUCCACACUACAUAACCAAUCUUGAGAACUGUACUCAAAACGUUUUAAUGAAUCCAGCUCAAAGUGUCCACAUUAAAGUACCGUACAACAAACCUCAGAAAUUGUAUACGGUACAGCAGUAUUGAUAGUUGUUCUCAAAUUCAGGCACCUGUUCUUAGGACUGUCUUUGUAAUGCCCAUGAGCCAAAACAUCAGAAAGCAUUUUGUGAUAUUGAAGGAUACAAAAAAAAAAUGUAGUUCAGUAUUACAGCAUCCACACUUCUGACAAACCGUACUAACUGAUGCGAUUGAAUUUAGAACCAGACUCGAGAUUGCCCAUACAGGUCUGUGGCAAAGCAGAGCGCUGCCCUGUAAAGAUUGGCAGGGAUGGGGUUAAAUUCCCCUACCUGCCUGGAUUUAUUGUGUUCAGGUGGCUGGG